CUUCUAGUUUCAGUGUCAUUUAACCAGCUGGGAUCACACACAACACAACACAACACAAACGCCCGGUAGCCCACGUUGCUCAUCAUUUUGAAGACUGGUGGUUAGCUCCAAAAACAUGGCGGCCCUCAAAGUAUUGUCAAGAGCGGAGAAUUUAUUAUUGAAAAAUAUAUCUGCCACCUGCAGACCCAAUUUGAACUCCAUCACCCAUUCCAUGUUCAAGAUGUGUGGCUGCUCCUAUUCCACCUCCAGCCAGAGAAACUCCCAGUUCUACACAGACCCCACAGACGCUGUGAAGGACAUCCCCAGUGGAGCCACUAUCCUAGUGGGAGGUUUUGGUUUGUGUGGCAUCCCAGAGAACCUUAUCAACAGUUUAUUAAAGACUGGUGUAAAGAGCCUCACAGCCGUCAGCAACAAUGCUGGGGUGGAUAACUUUGGGUUGGGUCUGCUCCUACAGACCAAACAGAUCAAGAGGAUGAUAUCCUCCUAUGUGGGAGAGAACAUCGAGUUUGAGAGACAAUACCUGUCUGGGGAGCUGGAGGUGGAGCUAACGCCACAGGGUACCCUAGCAGAGAGGAUCAGAGCUGGCGGUGCGGGUGUUCCUGCCUUCUUCACGGCUACAGGCUAUGGUACCCUCGUCCAGGAGGGCGGCUCCCCCAUAAAAUACAACAAGGACGGAACUAUCGCCAUCGCCAGUGAACAGAGAGAGGUGCGGGAGUUUAAUGGAAGGCACUACAUCAUGGAGAAGGCCAUCACUGGAGACUUUGCUCUGGUCAAGGCCUGGAAGGCCGACAAGGCCGGGAACAUAAUCUUCAGGAAAACAGCCAGGAACUUCAACCAGCCCAUGUGCAAGGCAGCCAAAGUCACCAUUGUAGAGGUAGAGGAGGUGGUGGAUGUGGGGACGUUUGCUGAAGAGGACAUCCACAUCCCUAGCAUCUACAUCCACAGGAUCAUCAAGGGAGGCAGCUACGAGAAGAGGAUAGAGAGGCGUACAGUGCAGAAGGCCCAAGCAGAGAAGCCAAAACCAAAGAAGGACUCUGACAUCGUACGAGAGAGGAUCAUUCGCCGGGCAGCUCUGGAGUUUGAGGAUGGGAUGUAUGCUAACCUGGGCAUUGGCAUCCCCAUGCUGGCCAGCAACUUCAUCCAACCUGACAUAACUGUCCACCUGCAAAGCGAGAACGGCAUCCUGGGAUUGGGCCCCUACCCCACAGAAGACGAAGUGGAUGCUGACCUCAUUAAUGCCGGUAAAGAAACGGUGACUGUGCUUCCAGGAGCUUCCUACUUCUCCAGUGACGAAUCGUUUGCCAUGAUCAGAGGUGGUCACAUCAACUUGACGAUGCUGGGAGCCAUGCAGGUUUCUAAGAUGGGAGACCUGGCCAACUGGAUGAUCCCGGGUAAGAUGGUGAAGGGAAUGGGUGGAGCCAUGGAUCUGGUGGCCAGCGCUGGAACCAAGGUGGUCGUCACCAUGGAGCACUCAGCUAAGGGAGGAAAACACAAGAUUCUGGACACGUGCAACCUGCCACUGACAGGAAAACAGUGUGUGGAUCGGAUCAUCACUGAAAAGGCUGUGUUUGAUGUGGACAAAACUAAAGGUCUGACACUGAUCGAGGUGUGGGAGGGACUCACUCUAGAGGACAUUAAGGCAUGCACUGGAGCACACUUUGCGGUGUCUCCAAACGUGAGGUCCAUGCAGCAGGUCUAGAAGCUGGGGGGUGGAGGAAGUGUCCGAGGAGAGGAGCUAUGACUUGAAGGCUGUUUUAAUCUCUCCGUAUGUAUGCUGGAAGGAAACACAAACUAUGAACUCAUCCUAAUGUUACUGAACACCACGUCUCUACACUGAAUCAUAACAUUACUGUAACGUCAAUGAAUGUAACAUGUGAGAUUCAUAACGAAUACUCGGGUUGAGUUAUGAUGUUGAACAUAUUGUAACAAUUGACUUGAAGGACUGGUAUCCCUGGCAUAACUCAAGAGGAACUGUCUAAUCAUGUAUUUAGUAAUAAUGUUAUGUUUUAAUCAUAUGUUUUAAUGCUAUGUCAAAGUUUCUCCAAGACUUAUAACACAAACAAUUAUGGACUGCAUUUCAUCCCAGAAAGUUGUGUCCUCCCUUCUGCACUUGUUCAAGCCCUUCCUUGGAUGUGGAUCAGCUGGUUUCUUUUGGUAGAUACGUAUACCUUAUAUGCAAUAACUCCAUCUACUUUCAGACAUACUGCUUUCUCUGAUUUAGUGAAAUGGGAGUGAAUAGGAGAAGAAGGGUGGAGGCAACUUGAUGGUAUGAAACGCAGCCCUGCUGUGAAAACUGAUAUGAUGUUGUUUUGAAUUGCAUUUGAGCCUCUACAUUUCAUCCUAGUUUGGUGCUUUAGUUAAAAGGUUACCCUCGUGGAAACACACUCUUCAUAAAAAAAUAUGGUUCCAGAUAUUUUAGCUACUACAGAAUAUGAGGCCUUCCAUUUUCUACCUGGACUUAUUCUGUGCCAUAUAUUUAUAUAUUAAAUUAAACUGUGUUACCUUGAGGAGAAAAA